AUGGAAUCUGUUGGCGAAUAUGAAUAUAGCAAGAAAGAUCUCAUCGGACAUGGAGCUUUUGCAGUCGUCUUCAAAGGCAGAAAUAAAAAGCGCCCAGGUACAACUGUAGCCAUUAAAAGCAUUACUAAAAAGAAUUUGGGGAAGUCACAGAGCCUCUUAAGCAAAGAAAUAAAAAUUCUCAAGGAACUGUCAGACUUACAUCAUGAAAAUGUUGUGGCUUUGUUGGAUUGCAAGGAAACAACAAAUAAUGUUUACCUUGUCAUGGAAUACUGCAAUGGGGGCGACUUAGCUGACUAUCUGCAGGAUUUUUGCCAAAGUUCUUUUUAUUCACUUUUCUGCUCCAAUUCAGUUGUAAUUUUCUGUGCUUAUCUAGUUCAUUUGUCAACUUAUUUAGUCAUAGUUUUCUUUCUUUGGUUAGCAUUAAUUGCUGGAGCCAUGAAAGCAUUGAAUGCCAAAGGUAUAGUCCAUCGUGACUUAAAGCCUCAGAACAUUUUGCUGUGUCAGGGUUCCAAGCCAAAUCCACAGCCUUCAGAAAUGAAACUUAAAAUAGCUGAUUUUGGUUUUGCUAGAUUUCUCCAAGAUGGGGUAAUGGCAGCCACCCUGUGUGGGUCCCCUAUGUAUAUGGCUCCUGAGGUGAUAAUGUCUCUUCAAUAUGAUGCCAAGGCUGACUUGUGGAGUAUUGGUACCAUAGUGUUCCAGUGUUUGACUGGCAAGGCACCCUUCCAAGCACAAACUCCACAACAGCUGAAGCAGUUUUAUGAGAAACACAGUGAAUUAAAGCCUUCUAUUCCAAGUGGGACAUCACCCGAACUUAGGGAUUUAUUGUUGAAAUUGUUAAAAAGAAGUGCCCGAGACCGUAUCAAUUUUGAGGACUUCUUCAAUCAUUUAUUUCUAAAACCUCAGGUUCCUCAAUUAUCUUCUUCACCUGUUGGUGUCACUUGUCAGACAGAACGGUUCAGCCGAGAAAGCCCCCCUCUGCAUACUGUUCCCUCUGUCACUUGCUUGUCUUCGAGUCCCCAGCAGCCACGACCCCCUUCUCUCCCCCCAGCUCCAGCCCCACCUGUUGCCUCCCCAGAAGAUACAGAAUUUUCCAAAGGAAGCCACGAAGAACCUGUAGAAGCUGUUACUAGAAGUACUAGUCCAAUUGAGGGUUUCGUUAUGGUGGAAGCUGGUUUUCAAGAUGACCAGUAUGAUGAAAAGAAUGAAAAAGAAAUUAAUGAUUUUGAAAGUGAGGAAGAAGUAUACCUAAGAAAUGUGAAUGCCCACCCUUCGAGUGGAGCUGUAACCUUCAAGAAGGAUUGCCAGACAAGUCCAACACGACCCACUUCUUUGCAAGUUCAGACUCCUAAUACUUCUCCUUCAUCAGAACCAAUUCCUGUUCCCACACAAACAGAGGCAUAUCAAAUCAUGUCCAAUUCUCCAUCAACUCCUUCACCGAGUCGAAGCAAAGAAUCGGCAUCAGACAAAGAUGAAGGAAGUCAGAUGCUGAAGCGGAAUAGUUCAGAGUCUAGGCUGAGCAGUGGGCCCGAUAUUGGCUCUCUGUCACCACCUUCUGUUACUUUUACAAUAGGCGGUUCUCCUGGAACACAGUGGAGACGUGGAAGCACCAGCAAUACACCCCCACCCCCACAUCGGACACAUACUGGCACGCCACCCAAUAUGGUUGCUUCACCUCUACGUAGGUCAGGACACAGCCCAGCAUCUGUAUCACCCCAGCAAGGACACACUUUACCAACUGGACCAUCUUCCUUACCCACAAUAUUAGGUUCGCCUGCUGGUUACCAUGAGCGUCGCGAUAACUACCCACACCAUGUAGGAAGUGUACCUUACGGCUUGUACCGUCAGAAGACCUUACCAGAUAAUAUGACUGCUUAUGCAUACAAUGCAUCCCCUCCCGGCAGUUGUCCUGAAUGUGGUCAUGGUCCUCCAGAUAUUCCACCCCGACAUGGAAGCCAAGCAGGGGCUAGAGACAGUUUAAUGUCUCAACAGUUAAGGAGUCCCUAUGGCUCUCCUCGACAAUAUUAUGGUUAUCCUCCUGCUAUAAUGCCUUGGCAAACGAAAGAUCGUUAUGUUUAUGGCAAUGAAGAAUACUUUUUGAGGCAUGGUGGGCAUUAUUAUCAUGAAGCAUCACCACCGAAUUCUCUGAUGUAUGCUGCUUCACCACCCAGCAUUGAUACCACGAUGCCAUUUGUAGCUCCAGAAUUAGCUGAAGAUACUCUGAUGGAUGAACCACAUAAGGAAAUCCUAGGCAAACUGAGCUUUGUGAAUGAUUUGGUUGAUUGCAUAAUGCAAAUAGCAAGGUCACAUGGGACACCUUUCAGCAUUGUCUCCCCUGGCAUCGCUCAGACUGAUGAAAAAAGUCAAAGAAUGAUAGAAACUCAGAAGCGACUGAACCAAUUGCUGUUGUAUGUACGAUGCCUGCAGCUUUUAACUUCAGCCUUACAAUUGGCAAAGGAAGAAAUAAAUCAAUCUCGCUUGCACCCUUUGACUUCUCUUAAAAACAUUGUACAAAAAAUGAAUGCUCGUUAUCAUAAGUGUUUGGACUUGUGCAAGAAAAUUCAGCGUUAUGGGCCUCUGCAAUAUGCUAAUGGACAAAUUGCACAGAUGUUGGUUGCUCCGGUUGACAAACUAAUCUAUUUGCAUGCAUUAGAUUUGUUCCGGACAGGAUUGCUUGAUGAAAUCCUCAUGAAAAUGAAUGAAUGCUAUUAUCAUUAUAGCACAGCCCACAUCUUGCUGCACAGUUUAGCUAAUCAAGCCAAGGAUACAACAGAUAAAUCUGUUCUCAAUAAAUAUAAACACAAAGUGGUGACCCGCCUCUUAAAUUUGCAAUCGUACGAUCCAAUCAAAAUAAGCUGA